AUGUCUACCUUUGAGCCUGUGAUUGUCAUUGACGGCAAGGGUCACCUCCUCGGUCGCCUGGCCUCGACCGUCGCCAAGCAGCUUCUGAACGGCCAGAAGAUCGUUGUUGUCCGCUGCGAGGCCCUCAACAUCUCCGGCGAGUUCUUCCGCGCCAAGCUGAAGUACUCCGCAUUCCUCCGCAAGCAGACUCGCUUCAACCCCACCCGUGGUGGACCAUGGCACUUCCGGGCCCCGGCCAAGAUGUUCUGGCGCACCGUCCGCGGUAUGAUCCCACACAAGACUGAACGCGGCGCAAAGGCCAUGGAGCGCCUGAAGACUUUCGAGGGUGUCCCACCACCAUACGACCACAAGAAGCGCAUGGUCGUCCCACAGGCCCUCCGCGUGCUGCGCCUCAAGCCCGGCCGCAAGUACUGCACCGUCGGCCGUCUCGGACACGAGUUCGGAUGGAAGUACCAGGACGUCGUCGCUCGUCUGGAGGAGAGGAGAAAAGUCAAGGGUCAGGCAUACUACGAGCGCAAGAGCGCCGCACGGAAGAACCUGCUCGAGGCGAAGAAGAACGCCAAGAUCCCCGAGGCUACGCAGAAGCAGUUGGAGCAGUACGGCUACUAG